AUGUUGUCUGCCUUUGAUAGUUUCGUGAUUUAUACCUUGCUGAAUAUUAUAGUUGGUCUGUACGGGCUGGUCGAACUCCCGAAAUUCGACGUCGACGAUCUCAUAACGACAGAGAAAAUCAUAAGGAACUGCACGAACAGUCUCUUAUCCGAUCUGAAACUAGCGAAGCCCGUGAACAGUACGAGGAUUAAAGACUUCGCGACGUUGCAUCACUACUUUCUAUCAGUUACGUUUCGAGAUUCGGACGUUUUGAAGGAGAUCGCACGACUGACCAGAGUGGACUAUAAAAUAAACAAUAACACCGUAGGAAAUCUAACGACUGUUAUAAAUGCAUUGCUGGACGAGAACUCUUGCGAGUAUGAUGCGAAGGAUGUAUUGGUAGAUGACGCCGACGCGAUUGUGACAACUUACAUAGACGAUUUCCUCGCGAAGUUAGAAUCUUUAAAAGAGAGUUAUGGUGUUAAUAAAGUAUUUUCGGAUAUCAAUUCGAACAUUAUCAAGAUUUUUCGAUACACUAAUGCAUUGGAAUCGAAAGGGGUGGUAGACGCUAAUUUGACAAAUGAUGAAAACAGUGACAGUUUUACCGUCCUGGAAAGCAGCGAGCUUUGGGUAGAAAGUGGCCGGCGAAUCUACCGAGGGGAGCGAACGAAGAUCAAAUACUUCCCGUUCAUGGCUAGCAUUCAGAUUUUCAACGCCUUCCAAUGCGCCGGGUCCAUAAUUAAAUCUGAUCUCGUCAUCACCGCAUCGUCCUGUCUACAACUAGCUUGGAACAACCGCUUUUAUCGAGAGAACCCGGCGUUUCUGUCUGUGCGCGUUGGAUCCUCAUUCUACAACAGCGGUGGGGAGGUUAUCCCGGUGCUGGAGAUAUACUUCCACCCAGGCUACAACCCGAAGACCCUUAGGGACAACAUAUGCGUCCUGCGUCUGCUUAGGCAUAUCAAAUUUCGACAUAGAGACAGAAAAAAGGUCCGCAAAAUCGCAAUCGACAAUAAACCGUGGAGUCUAGCAAUCAACACGCCCGGAAUUACUAUAGUAGGGUGGGGGGCGAAAGGGAUAAGCAACAAACUGGGAAGCCCCUGGGCGAACAUACUAUCGUACGCCAACCUUGACGUGUACCCAUUACGAGAAUGUCAGGAAGUUUAUUCCAAGACAUACGUAACAACGAAACAUUUCUGUGGUGGUUUCUUCUCAAAAGGCAGUGGUGCUUGCAACCGUGACGUAGGAGCUCCUGGAGUGGUCAACGGAAUUCUGAUGGGAGUGGUGAGCUUCGGCUCACCAGUCUGCGGGACCCCAGACGUGCCGACUGUCUUCACCAAGCUGGGUUACUAUCAUAACUGGAUAGAGAACAUAAUGGAAAUGGAUGUUCCGCGCAGUAAAAAGCGUACAACGUUGCAAGUUGAGGAGGAUCCAUACGCACCAUAUAUGACCACACCAUACACUACAACUACGUUCAAGAUAGAACCUGUACAGGAGGGCGUGCAGCCGAUGCCCGCUCUUGAGGAGGAUGAAGAAAGCGCUUUGCGAAUGCUAUUGAAUGACAAUAAGCUGUUCCAAGAAUUUCUAGAAACCAUGUUCGACAGUGACGCAACUCAAAAAAUCAAUAUUAAACAAGAUACGGAGAUUUCGAGGCAAAAUAAAAUUAACAGUUUUGAAGGCGAACCAACCAAUGAAAUAACGAAAGGAUCUACAAUUGUGAGUGAUAAGAACGAUUCGAAUAACGAAGCAUAUAAACGGAUUACUGCUGGAUUCGGAUCCGACGUUUAUGCAACAGGAACGGUGGACGUGUCUCGUGACAGCGAUGAAUCCUCAGAAGACGAUAUACCUGUAACAAAAUAUACAUCCGAACAUCAAGAGUUAAAUCACGAAACAAAAUUAAUUUCAGCUACAGAAAAUACAUUGAACAUCGGGAGGAAUUUUGAAAACUUUGAUCACACACAAAUAGAAAACAAAAAUCAUUUUUCGGCGACCACGACGGAUUCUCCGCAAGAGAUACUGCUGGAACUCGCUACGGAGUCUAGUGAUGAUGACUCCGACGAUUCUAAUCAAAGUCAGUCAGAUGAUAAUGAUAAAAAUUUCCAAAUCAAAAAGGAUUUGAAUGCGCCGUCUUCUGUAGACUUCAAAGAUAUCUCCGGAGAACAAGCUAUUGCGGAGCUUUUGGACGAAAUCGAUCUAAAUCAGAUUUUGAGAGAAGUUUCUAUGGAUAUGGAAAUGGCAUCAAAUUCACCGUUACAAAACUACGCAGAAGCACCUCAAAGUAAUGUGUUAACUACUGCUACAAUGCCUGUAGCACAAAAGGAGGGUAAAAUGUGGGAUAAACUUAGAAAUAAUAAGAACUCUGAAAGUCAUGAUCAGGAUUCUGAGGAUUCGGUAUUGACUUUGCUGUAUUUGUCGGACAAUGAGAAGAAAAAUAAUUUCGCCUCGAAAAGCGGAAAUGAUAUAAGAGUCGAUCGACGCAAAAAUAUUACGAACACCGCAACCAUUGCACAAAAUUCGGUGUCAAGUGAUACGGUUUAUGAUAUUCUUCCAAAGACUAAGCUUUAUAAAAUUAUAUCAGAAGUCCUAAAGGCUGCUGUUGAGAAAAAACAACCA